GCCUCCAGUUGUUUACACUCGCCAGUAGAGGGAAGCUGUAACAGGGAAAUGAUGUGCGUCUCUCCUGGUCUAUAUGCCUAUUCUUAAAUAGUCUUUCAGAGUCGCGCAAAUAUGGCUAAGGAGCCAAAAGUGGCAGUGCCCAAGGAGGCACAAGUGAUGACCGCUAUUCUGAAGGAUAUGGGUAUAACCGACUACGAGCCUGGAGUGGUCAACCAGAUGUUGGAGUUUACUUACAGAUAUGUGUCACAAAUCUUGGAUGAUGCAAGAGUUUAUGCCAAUUAUGCAAAAAAGAUAAAGACCAUUGAAAUGGAUGAUGUAAAAUUAGCUGUCCACAUGCAGAUGGAGAAGUCCUUCACAACACCACCACCAAGAGAUUUGCUGUUGGAUUUAGCAAGGACAAGAAAUGCCAAUCCUCUACCAGCCAUCAAGGCCAAUCAGCAAGGCAUCAGACUGCCACCUGACCGUUACUGCCUAUCAGCAUGUAAUUACAGACUCAAACCAUCUAGAAAGAAAAUAUCCAGUCUCUCAAGUGGCCUGAGUGGGGGAAACCGCAUGAGUCUGGGUGGGUCUGGUGCGGGGAUGAAGAUUGCAGCCACACCCAUCAAGCCCACGAUUUCUAUGGUAACCACCAAAACGGGAAACACCCAGACUGUCACCCUUGUUCAGAAGCCUACCACUGGCAUUCCUUCUGGACCUACACAGAAGAUUGUCAGUGUUAAUAGACCUGUUUUUAAGGUGACACCUGGACCUCCUGGAGGAAGUACUCCAAAAAUUCAGUUAUCAUCAGGUAAUAAUAGCCUUGCUGGUAAUGUGAUGGUGAAUGUGUCAUCUGCUUCAGGUGUCAAAAUGGAAUCGGAUUCCUCGUCAUUUAAGAGAAAACGGGAGGAGGAUGAUUAUGAUUCUGUACAAUAACCUCCUCUGCUGCAAAAGCUUGUAGUUUUGUCAAAAGUGGUGUUUGGAAGUACAAUUUAGUAUUUGUACAAAGCCUGAGGUUCUCCCUGAUCUGAAUAUAACAAGAAAAAUAUUGAUGUCCAGUGAACAACAUGGUGUUUGAAUAUCAUCUGAUAAUUGAUAGUUGCAGAUGAUUAAAUGGUUCCCUACUCCAAACAAUUCUAAAAUCAACUUUCACAAAAGUUUUGGCCAAAGAAAAUAGUUUAUUAUUUAACUCACAUGUACUUGCAUUUUAAGAUACACCAAAACAGACAGGAAUGCACUCUGGUGGCCAGUUUUGCAGGGUACAGCAUACCAUAAGAGACAAGAAGCUAUUGACUGACUGACUUUGGACUCUCUGCAUGCACAUUAGUUAUUAGGAGAACUUACUUAACAGGACAUUUGUGACCAUCCAAAUACUUGAAGGAUUCAGAUCACAUCUAUAUAUAUAUGCCAUGUUGUUUACUGUAGUAGGGUUAUUUAAUUGUUUAUGGAAAAUGUAUUUGAACACUUAAAAACAUAGUAUUGUGUCAUUUAUUGGCAGUUGAAUUAUGUGCUGUUGCUGAUGGAUGAGUUCAACAUAUUUAGGUACAAAUAAAUGCUAAUAUGCAUUUCUAAGUUUAUUUUAUGUGAUUAAAGGAAUUAAGAAUUUCUUUAGCUUUUACUUUUUAUGAUCAAUCUUGAAAAUGUGUGAUAAGGCAUUAAUUUAAUAAAAUUGUUGUUACUACAA